UGAAAGUAGCUCUCGUAUGUUUGUAGUUAAAAUUUAUCAAACCUUAAUUCGUGCCUGAAAGCUAAUAAUUUAUACCGAUUAGUUUUCAUUUAAAAUUAAUGCAACAAGUAUCUUCGCUAUUGGUCGGCAAACAUCGCAAACAGAACGAUUAAAACACUGUAACAUCCGGCCCGAAUCUUGUUGAAUUCAACACUUGCGAGGAGCCAAAACAAAAACGACGAAGUUCUUAUUUGAUGUUCAUUAUUAUACAUCGGCUUAAAACAAACGGUUGGUAUCAUAAUCAUAGUUAUAAUACCUUGAUGAAAGACAGCAUUUUUAACUCGGUAGCAAUCAGGUUUUUGAGGACCGCAUUUCUUAUAUUUAUCAGAUCUAGAGUUACAUAGAAUAAGUUUGACUUAAAUCCCAAAAUAGGGUUUGGUAAAUAUUUGACGGCAAACUAACUACGGCUACCUUUUAGGAUUUAGUUUUCAGUUAUCACCUAUGAAUGCCAUCCAUAGGGGCCGGUGUAUUUGUUUUAACACGAUGAUGGUCGAAUUCUACUUUGUUUCUACUUUCCCUCGACGGUUUUGAGAUUUUUGUGGUGCCUUGGAAAAGAUCAAACGAAAAAAAAUUGUAGCAAAUGUCGUGCGGGAACUUACUUUAUUCUCUAUGUAUAGGGGGCUGAAGUAGUCUCUAAGACUAACAUAAGCAAUUUAAACAAACAAUUGAUAGCGUUGAUAUAAGUUUCGGUAAGAACGGAAUCAUGAGGUUCAUUUUGAAUAAAUGAUUCCAAACAACUUUUCUCUCAACUGUUGAUAACAAAAAAAUAUUUUUUUGAGAAUAAAUAGUAAGAGAAAAAAAAUUUCAAAUGACUUGAUCGAUGGUAGUUCUCUUCUCUUCUGCUUUGAGAAGUGGAAUCUUUAGGAAUUAAUUAUUUUCAAGUCGCUCAGGUGUUCUUAUCUCGGACUCAAGUUUCAGUGCACAAAGGCUGUGCAUUGAGAAACGAAGCUACUUGGCAACAGUUUGACGCAAAGUGCGGAUGCAAUUUCUGGAUGGCUUUUCUUAUGUAUGUAAACACACCAUUCUGAAAUGUUUGAGGGCACUCGUUCUUGAGCAGAGGUGAAUUAUAUACCUUUUAGGCUUAAAAGGUUCUGAGAGCUGAUAACCAAGUCUCCCUGACGUUGGUGAGUGCGGGGCUCUAAGGAAUAAUUGCGUGUUUAUUAUUCGUUAUUCCUUUUCAGAGUAAGUGAAAUUCGUUGUUAUCAUUAAGAUGAGAAAUAGUGUUGUUUUCUGUGCUAAUAAAACGGUAAACUUGAACGUGCUUCAUCCGUGUGUUGAUAAUUAAAGAAAAAAUUGCAAGCGUUUGAGCUCCAAGAUAUGAUGCAAAACAUUGUAUUGAGGAAUUUAAAGGAGCGAGGAAUCAUCUUUUACCAACGCAACCUACGACAAGACAAUUUUUUACCGCUAAAGAACAAAUUAGAGUUCUUCCGUGUUUAACGUUUUAAAUAAAAUCGAGACCAAAGAUUUGCCGCAGUUCAACUGGCCUUUUAAGUAAAGUAAAAAACAGUAAACAGUAAACAGUAACGCAUUUGGUAGACUUGUUGUUGACUUGCAGCCGACUUAGAAUGGAUUCCUUCAUUUCUCUUCCGUUAGUUUCUCCCUCCGUCUAUUUUUUUUUAGGGCAUUUUUGUUUGUUUACUUGUUUGGUUUGGUUUGCGUUAAAUUUAUAGGCUAGAAAAAAAACGUCUAGGCAUAUUCCUAAAUAAUAUAUACUAUUCAAUUUCAGCAUCGGUGGUGAUGGCGUGGAAUUCAAGCUUCUUUAUCAUCCUGGCCUCUUUGUAUUUCAAAGACCUCGCUAUUGCUAAAAAUCCGUGCAAGACAGGAGUUAGCGUACCCGGUAUGGCUCUCAAAGGAUUCGUCUUUAAAAAGGUCCCAGUAACAGCUCCUCACGUGUGCGAUGUCACCUGCGAGAGGGAGACGAUAUGUCAAAGCUACAAUUAUGUAAUUGGGGAAAAGUCCUGUGAAAUUAAAUACCCGAACCAAGGAAGCAAGGCCCGAAAAUUUCCAGCCAGAUGGUUUACGCUUUUACAUGGGACGCAUUAGUGGUAGAAGUAUGUAUCCGGUUUAGUUUAUUUUACAUACAAAUCUUUCUCAGUGAGUUCCUAGUAAGACCUCGCUUCUUUCCGAGAGCUGGUGUCCGAUUGCUUUGUUAUUAAAUAGGGUCAGUUUCUUAAAGCAAAAUUCGCCUUCCAUACAUAUAUUGAUAUCAGCUAAACUACUCAACUCGUAAUUAUUGUUAUUCCAUGUUUAUCUUGCUCGGACAAACAUAUUUUCAGAUCUAAUCUGUUUUUCAACUUCUAUUACCCUUAAACCAUUAAUGAAGUCAUGUCUAUAUAUUAGCCCCCUUAGGAUCUAUUCCUGAAUUACCAGCGUUAUCGUGUCAAGAGAUAAAAUUAAGUGAAGGUAAAGACAGCAUCAGUAAAAAUUACUGGUUGGAUCCAACUAAUGGCGGGAGCUCAAAGUUGGUUUACUGCGACAUGAUUUUGGAAGGUAAGUCAGUAUACCAAGAAUAGAAUUUACACAGCGUUUGGUCUACCUUUGCCCUGGCCUUUUGUGAAAUUUUUUCACCUUGUCUCAGUGAUUUCUUCGAUUAAUUUUCAAAUAGACAUCGAUGAAUGUAAAGGCAGCAAUAAAGUUUGUGACGAAAAUGCAAACUGCUCCAAUACUGUUGGGUUUUAUAAUUGCACCUGCAAAGAAGGGUUUACUGGGGAUGGACGCUCGUGCUUAGGUAAACUAGUUACAGACACGCCGAGGUACAAUAUUUAA